AACUCGGUACCCAUACCCGGACAAAGCACCCGAAUCAAGAUUCAACACAGUAUUGUCAUCCUCUUCUUCUCCCCGUCUCCUCAUUUUCUAAUCUCUUCUCUCUCUCUCUCUCUGCCUUUUUUCUUUGACGCAUUUCAUCGAACACCUUUGAGGGCAAUUUGCUCAAAGAAAAAAGCAGAACAAGAAUUCAACAAUGUCGUUGAGACCCAAUUCAAGGACAGAAGUAAGGAAGAAAUCUUACAAACUUGGGGUUGAUGCCGACGAAGCUCGUCGUCGUAGAGAGGAUAAUUUGGUGGAGAUCAGGAAGAAUAAGAGGGAAGAUAAUCUUUUGAAGAAGCGUAGAGAAGGUUUAGUCCUUCAAAAUCAAUCCCAAUCUCAAUCUCAACCUCUUAACAAUGAUGUUCCUCAGAAUCUCGACAAGAAGUUGGAAAGUAUUCCUAUAAUGGUUCAAGGAGUAGCAUCUGCUGAUCCUGCUUUGCAAUUAGAGGCAACCACUCAGUUCAGAAAGCUUUUGUCCAUUGAACGGUGCCCUCCGAUUGACGAAGUUAUUAGAGCUGGUGUUAUCCCAAAGUUUGUGGAAUUCCUUGACAGGCUUGAUCUACCUCAACUUCAGUUUGAAGCUGCAUGGGCUUUGACUAAUGUGGCAUCUGGGACUUCGGAACACACAAGAGUUGUUAUUGACCAUGGUGCUGUCCCAAAGUUUGUUCAGCUCUUAGCGUCUCCCAGUGAUGAUGUCCGGGAGCAGGCAGUGUGGGCAUUGGGAAACGUUGCUGGCGACUCUCCAAGCUGUAGGGAUCUUGUACUGAAUCAUGGUGCACUCGCGCCAUUGUUAUCUCAGCUGAAUGAAAACUCCAAACUGUCAAUGCUGAGGAAUGCUACCUGGACAUUGUCCAACUUUUGUCGUGGCAAACCACCGGCACCCUUUGAACAGGUUAAACCUGCGUUACCGAUUCUUCGACACCUUAUUCAUCUAAAUGACGAAGAAGUUUUAACAGAUGCCUGCUGGGCCCUUUCGUAUUUGUCUGAUGGCCCUAAUGACAAAAUUCAGACUGUCAUUGAAUCUGGAGUAUGCCCACGGCUUAUUCAGCUCCUUCUCCAUCCUUCGCCAACUGUUCUCAUUCCUGCUCUUCGAACAGUUGGGAAUAUUGUUACGGGAGAUGAUACCCAAACCCAGUUUGUACUGGACAACAAUGUUCUUCCUUGUCUCAACCAACUUCUCUCUCAAAAUCACAAAAAGAGCAUCAAGAAGGAAGCAUGUUGGACAAUAUCGAAUAUAACUGCUGGAAAUAAGGCUCAAAUUCAGGCUGUUAUAGAGGCUGGUCUGGUGCAGCCUCUCGUGUACCUACUCCAAAAUGCAGAGUUUGACAUCAAGAAGGAGGCUGCAUGGGCAAUUUCAAAUGCUACAUCUGGCGGAUCUCCCGAUCAGAUAAGAUUCUUGGUUAAUCAAGGUUGUAUCAAACCUCUCUGUGAUCUUUUGAUAUGCCCAGAUCCACGAAUUGUUACGGUUUCCCUUGAGGGGCUUGAGAACAUACUAAAGGUAGGAGAGGCUGACAAAGAAAUGGGAAUGAACGGUGGAGUGAAUGUAUAUGCUCAAUUUAUUGAUGAAUGCGAAGGGUUGGACAAGAUCGAGAACUUACAAACUCAUGAUAACAAUGACAUUUAUGAGAAGGCUGUGAAAGUGUUGGAGAAGUACUGGGCUGAAGAAGAAGAGCAAGCUGUUCAGGAGGGUUCUGCAGCUAUGAACCAGCAGGGUUUCAACUUUGGUGCUACUCAGCCCAACAUUCCAGCAGGCGGUUUCAAGUUUGCCUGAAGAUGGGAUGAUCGAGCUUUUGGCGUUUAUAGAGCUUCCAUAUCUUUAGGCCUCUUCUCCACUUGUGUACUUCACACGACCGAAAAUGAGGAAAAUUAUGGGUAUUUAGUCUCCCUUAGAGCCGGUGUUUUGGUCUUGCUCUUAGGGAUCAUUGUUCUAUGAAUUAUGGGUUUACUUGUUUUGUGUUUGUGUCUCACAAGAAAAUUUAUGUUAUACUCAGAAUUUGUAUUUACCUGCACAAGUUUAGUCACAAGUUUCUUGCCAUGUUUGGCCCCUUGAAUUUUUUUUUUUUCCGAGAAUUUUAAGUUUCAAGUUGAUUGUCGAGUAAGGAUAAAUAUUCUACUGUUAUACAUUUCAACAAAUAUUAAUGUAUGUUUCUUAUUAUUUUUAAAAAAUUUGUUUAAAGAUAUAUAAGUAGUAAAGGUACAAAAAG